CCGUCUUCACCACUCGCGAGAGUACCUGGAAUGUGGUGUAUUCCAACAAACCACUACUCUAUCUACAACGCUGGCCUCGCUCGAUCGCCUAGUCGUCAUCGAUAACAUUUUCACAUUAGAUCCCACAUGAAAGAACCACGAGCACUCGCCCUCCUGUCGCGGUUUGUAAUGAUCUCGGGGUCAGCGACCUUUUUAGGUCAAGACAGCCGCAUUACUUUUGGUCCGCAAAUGUCUGUCGACUAUAGUUCGAUGCCCGCCCCAAGGCUAUUUACAGGCCCGUCUUUUCUUCCCAUCACAGAGACGCAGAAAAGGGUCCAAAACGGUCGGUCCAUUCGUCGAGAAAGACAAUGUAUAACCGCAACGUACGCCACGUUAAGUGCUUGGCUUCUCCUGACUCUUUCCGAAGGUUUAGCGCUAGUUGAGGAGGAACAAACCACGGACUUUUUUUUUAUACCAAGGACCAUGACGACAAAGGAUUCUGGUCUUCAUUCCCCUUACUACAUUAUCGCUCGAACUGAUCUGCUUUUUUUUCAAGCGGUCGUUUUCUAAUCCCCCCACCGCCAGGAAUUGUGCACGACAAUACAACGAUUAACGUUUUAAACAUCCUAUUCAAACGUAUAUAUUAUUAAAAAAACGGCGUUCAAUAACGCGCGUUUGGGGUUACACCAGUGGGUCUUGGUCGAGUAGAUAGAGAAUUUAAUUAUUUG